ACAGCUGCUGCCGUUUUGUUUCGUCAUUUUGCUGUUAACGAGCCUGCAGCUAGACUCAGUUUAGGCAAAAUAUUUGGUUAAAAACAAAAUUCUACAAAUUAGUGCACUUUGUUAGUCAUCAGGCUAGUGUGCGUUUUGAUAUCAACUUACAGCAAGGAGUGUGAACAAAAAGGAGUCUGCCCGAAAACAAGUAAACAAAUUCUUUCUCCUGAAACUUUAAGAAGCAGAUGAUUAUUGCUCUGUUUUGGGUCGAUUGUACGAUACACUUCUUCUAAGGUAAACGACUUAUCUGGACUUAGUCCCAGCCAUAGAGCAGGAGAUUCUUCCUUCUGACCUGAAUUUCGAAGUCAUCCAUCUUUGUUUUAAGACACCAUAGCCAAUGGUGAAUGACUAAAGAAGCUUGUAUUUCAUGGAUUAAAUAGCUUGCCUUUCUUGACUGACUACAACAUUAUCCAGGACAUGAUGAGCCCUAGGCGAAAAUCCACUAAAAUAAGUGUGGCUGGAGGAUCAAAUUGCUCUUCUUUCCAAAAAGAGGAACUAAAAGAUUACAUAAAUGAGCUUUCACAUGAGGUGCUCUGCCAUAUAUUCCGGUAUCUGCCUAUGCCAGACAUUAUGUGCAUGGAAUGUCUAUCACGAAAGCUGCAAGAGGCAGUAACUCUAUAUUUGCGGGUGGUGAAAACAGUGGAUCUGUGUGCCAGCAGGUGGUGGGAGUACAUGCCUUCAGGUUUUACAGACACAAAUUUCCUCACCCUGCUGAAGAAAAUGCCCGAUUUGGAGCAGUUGUAUGGUUUACACCCACGUUAUUUAGAGCGUAGAAGGGUCAGAGGAUAUGACGCUUUUAGUAUUCCUGGUGUUUUGGAGGCUCUUCAGGCUUGUCCUAGCCUUUUGGGUGUGGAGACAUCUCAUUUGGAGCUGGUAGAAGCAAUAUGGAACUACAUGCCACAAGUUCACAUCCUUGGAAAGUUCCGGAACCGCAACGGAGCAUUUCCUAUUCCCACAGAAAACAAACUUACAAUUCCAGCUGCAGCUAAAAUUCAGACACUUCACCUUGUUGGUGUCAAUGUCCCAGAAAUUCCUUGUGUGUCCAUGCUCAGACACUUGUAUCUGAAGUGGGUUCGCCUUACAAAACCUCAACCAUUUAAGGAUUUUUUAUGUGUGAGCCUGCGCACAUUUGUCAUGAGGAACUGUGCUGGGCCCACCAACUCCUUGAAGUAUGUACCACUGGUGACGGGUUUGGCCUCUGCACGCAAUUUGGAGCAGGUAGAACUUGUAAGGGUUCCUUUCUUAGGAGGACUAAUACAACAUGUGGUGGAAGACAGCUGGAGGUCAGGAGGAUUUCGCAAUUUGCACACUAUUGUAUUUGGUGCUUGUAAGAAUGCUCUUGAAGUGGACUUAGGCUACCUCAUCAUAACUGCUGCACAUGGAUUGCGUGAGGUUCGAAUUCAGCCUUCGUUGACCAAAGAUGGGGUCUUUUCAGCACUGAAAAUGGCUGAACUUGAGUUUCCACAGUUUGAGACUUUGCAUCUUGGAUAUGUUGAUGAGUUCCUUUUACAAUGUAAGUUAAGUCAUACUGAAUUGGUUAAAUAUGGCCUUGCUGAUGUGAUAGAAAACCCAGGAAUUAUCACUGAUGUUGGAAUGAAGGCCGUCAAUGAAGUGUUUCCCUCCAUCAAGUAUCUUGUCAUUUACAACUGCCCACAUCUUCACAACCCACACAGCUGGAUUACAGAUCAUUCUCGCUGGAGCAGAUUGCUGGACCUUACACUAACCCGCUGUCAUGCCAUUAAGCUUGAGUCCUUUAGCCAGUGUAUUGAAAUGCUGCCCAACCUGGAGUUCAUCUCACUAGACCAGAUGUUCCGUGAGCCCCCAAAAGGCUGUGCUCGAGUUGGUCUGAGUGCAGGCACAGGUAUUGGUGUAUCGUCAGCCCUAGUCAGUAACCAGAACCCUAACCAAAACAACAAUAACAAUCACCAGAACAACAAUGAAGCCAAUAUUCAACCACACAAUCGGGACAAUGCUGUAGAUAUGGCACCACACCGAGUUGAGGCAGAGAUCCAGGAGGUUGAAGGCCUAAUGGUGGAGAAUAUUGAGGUUGAGCCACAGGUAAUUGAUGCCGGUCAAGAGAAGGAGUCCAAAGAGUCCUCUCAGGCAUCAGAUCAAGAUGAUGAACAAGCAGGGCCCAGUGGACUACAACCCAUCAUAAAGAAAAUUCCAGCAGUAGUGUCUGACUCUGACAGUGAUGAUGAUGAAGCUGUUGAUAAGUCCCAAGGUACUUUUUGCUUCCCUCAAAAGUACCAUAAGGCAAACAUUCAGGAGAAGACUGAUGAUUUAGAUAAGCUAGCCACAAGAGACAAAGGAAAAACCCCAUUACGCCGAUGGGGGACGCAGUAUCCAAGCUGUGAGAAAGCCUGCCAGGUGACCAGUGAGCAGAUCAAAGCAGACAUAAAAGCAGCCAAUGAAACAACAGUGGAUGUUGGCCAGGACAAAAAUAAUGGGGGCUGUGUCUGCUCUGUUGACUGGAGGGUAAAAUCGGGUAAUCUUGGAAGGCCUCGAGAUGCAGGAGAAAGGAAUGAAAGUAAUCUAAGGGCAUACUGCACUUGUAGCAGGACUAACUUAGGCACAGAGGGCAGUACGCAUGCCACCUUAAAUCAGCCUGGAGGAGAGGAGAGCCGAUCAUUCUAUCAUAUACCCAAGCAGAGAGCUAAAGUAGAACCCACCGCAAUAGGUCACCAGGAUACAGUGGUGUCCCAUACAACUUCCAAAAACAUGUUUUCUAGUCGACCAAUGACCCGUGCUUGCAGUAGACUGUGCUCUGACUCAGCACCUGACUCAGGACUUUCCAAACCUAUGGCAAGGAUUACGGUGAAAAGAAAGCACACUGCAGACAAAUCAACCAGCACCAGUGACCCAGUGACUGAGGAUGACCAUGUACAGGUGCUCACAUUGAAAUCCAAAAAUCUAGUGGGAAUUACACUCUCAAACUGUGGCAUCACAGACCUGGUCGUGAAGAACUGCCCUAAAAUGAUGUUUAUCCAUGCCACUCGCUGCAGGGUGCUGAAGCACCUUAAGGUGCAGGAUACUCCCAUAAUAAACCGCUUUGAUUAUGCUCAGUGCAAGAAGCUGGACAUAGAACAGGUCUUGGAUCAGGUUUUACGCAUACCUGCUGAAAGAAAUCGCAUUAUCUACUUGCGCCCUAUGAAACAGAUUGACUCACUGUCCCUGGAAAGAAAGUUGUUCAGUGGUCCCUACCCAUACCACAUUGCAAUUAUCCAUGAGUUCAGUAACCCCCCCAAUGUCAGAAAUAAAGUGAGAGUGCGGAGUUGGAUGGACACUGUCGCCAACAUCAGUCAGGAACUAAUCAAGAAUGAAUUCUUCCCAGAGGCACAAAGAACAGAAGCAGACAUUGAAAAAUACCCUAAUUACCCAUGGGGCCGUGACAUCUAUACCUUAGAAGGUGUAGUAGAUGGAGCACCAUACUCAAUGAUCUCGGAUUUUCCAUGGCUUCGUUCUCUGCGCAUUGCAGUACCCAACUUUUAUGCUCGUUGUGACUUAGAGGAUGAUGAAAGCACUACUGUUUAUGCUCCACGGUGUAAAGGACAGCUUUCGGCUGAUAUCUGCAUGGAGACCAUCGGUGAGGAGAUCUCAGAGCGUCGUCAGAUGCAGCUAGGUGUGUUCCAGCGGGUGGUUGUUAUUUUCAUCCAUUACUGUGACAUGCAUGGAGAACCUGUGGAAGAUGAUUAUAUUUAAAGAUACAGGACUUGAUUAUAAAAAUUCUUACUUUGGGGGGUGGUCUUCUAAAUAAAACUGUAUGCCCAAUGAUGCCUUUUGGAGAGAGUUGCUUUUGUCUUUAGAAAAGCUAUUGUCAUAAAAUUCCAGCAGUGUCUCAUUCUUUCAAUAGAAAUUAGUAAUAGUAAAUGUUUUCCCAAGGCUUUUCAUUUUAUGGCCUUACAUGGUAAACAUAUCUGACUUUAUCUCUAAGUGCAAGUAAGAAAUUGGGUGAAUUAGUUGUUUAUUUUGUAAAAAUAUUUGUGCUUUUGGGAAUUUUGGUGCAUCCUGUAUAUCAGAGAGAUCAGUAUUGAUGCAUGAUAUUAUGGAUUAGUUGCUAUGGUUUAUAAAUAAGGCUCACAAUAUAGAUUAUUUUACAUUGUUUGCAUUUACAAACUAAAAUUGCAUUCUUAAAAAUGACCCGUUUGUCUUUUUUUUUUUUUUUUAUGUGGUGUAAAUGUAAUACCUACAUUUUAGACUUUUGCGUGUCUUUGUAAUUUUUUUCUGGGUUGCUCCCCCUUCCCUUUGUACAUGCUACGACAAUUGCUAGAUUUUGAUUUACCUCUUUAUGUAUCUAAAAUGUAAAAUAAUUUUAACUGAAUAAUUUUUAUGGAAUAUAAAUGUGUAAACUCCUCUAAAGAAAAGGUUAAAAAAAAACAUUCUGGCCUAUAACUGUCAUUAAAGACAAAUAUAGUGUGUC